AUGCAUCCUAAUCACUCCCUCUUGUCUCACAGAUGUCGGAUCGACGAGGAGGUGACCCACAAAGCCUGGCUGAACCGCUCUAAUAUCCUUUUCACCGGGACAGAUAAGUGGUCACUGGACAAGCGUGUAACGCUGGCCAAUAGCAACAACAGCGAUUUCUCCAUCCACAUCGACAAGGUGCAAGUAACAGACGAGGGACCCUACACAUGUACCUUCCAAGCCAACAACAAGCCUCGCAUCGCCAACGUCUACCUCAUCGUCCAAGUGCCGGCAAGAAUCGUCAACAUCUCAAAAAACGUGUCGGUGAACGAGGGAGAGAACGUGAACCUUUUUUGUCUGGCAGUCGGCCGGCCUGAACCAACUGUCACUUGGAAGGACCAGAAAUAUGGCAUGGUGAGUGAGGGGGAGUUCUUAGACAUCACGGAAAUCAAACGGCAGCAGGCAGAGGACUAUGAAUGCAUCACCCACAACGGCGUGGCUCCGCCUGACCAGCGGAAGGUCAAAGUCACCGUCAACUGUAAGUACCCCUCCAUAUGCAGAACACAGUGGCCCUGUGACCCUCCCAUGAUCACAGACAUGAAAAACUUGCCAGCCCAUUUGGGGAAGACAGCCAUCUUACGCUGUGAAGCAAUGGCGGUCCCACCUGCCUCCUUUGAAUGGUACAGAGAUGACCACAGGCCGGUUGAGAAUGACAACACCUUAAGGAUCAAAAAUGAGAAAACACGCUCGCUGUUGCUGUUCACCAAUGUGACAGAGAAACAUUUCGGCAACUAUACUUGCUUUGCCUCAAACCGUCUGGGUGCUUCCAACGCCAGCAUGCUGCUGUUUCGACCAGGGGCCCUACAGGGCCGAGGGAGCGGUUUACACGCCGAGAUGAGUGUCAGCGUGUGUGCGUGGGUUUCCCUCUCUGCUGUUCUUCUACUGAAGGUGUAA